ACCUCAAAUCCUCAACCUACCAUGCCGUGAAAGGAUGGCCGACAUCAACAUAUACAUCGUGACCUUCAAUUGCGGAAGGUCUUACAUAGACACAGAAGCCUUCGCCUCGCAAUUAUUCUCCAACCUCACUUCCUCGGAGCUGCCAGACCUCGUCGUCCUCUCCCUUCAGGAAAUCGCUCCAAUACCCCACAGCUUGAUCGGCGGAUCGUUUCUCGUCCCAUACUUCAUCAGAUUCAACCAUGCAGUCCAGAAGGGCGCUCGAAAGUGGUCAGAUGCAACCGACGACCUCCCCUUAUACGAUCCGAUAGCAGCACGGAACUUGGGCAUGACCGGCAUUAUGGUUUUUGCUAAGAAACAGACAUGGACAGAAGAUAUAGAAUAUGCAGGAGUCGGUGUAGGUCUGGCAGAAAUGGGGAAUAAAGGUGCCGCUGCAAUACGACUCAAAUACCGCAGAGUUAGCACAUCUGUAGAGCUCACCUUCGUCGCUGCACACCUGGCAGCGAUGGAAUGGGAAGUGAAGCGUCGAAACGAAGACUGGAAGAAUAUAGUCCGCGGUUUGGUAUUCUCCUCCACCACUAAGAGGAGAUCAGCGACCUCCCUCGCUGCAGAAAAUCGACCCCUCCUCUCAAUCUCACCCCGCGAUGCCUCAAUCUACAAACCAACCUCCUACCUCUUCGUAGCAGGCGAUCUCAACUACCGCACUUCAUCGAUGUCCCCCUCACGCAGUGACCACAAAGAAACAUUCCCACAACCACAUGAAGACGAUUCGUCCCCACGCCAUUACUCCUCACUCUUCGAGCACGACCAACUAACCCAAGAACGAAGCGCAAAUAGAACACUUCAUGGCCUAGAUGAGGCAGCCGUCACCUUUCCUCCAACAUACAAAUACACAUCCAAAGGACCAUUCCUCACUCCUGACGACCAACUAAAAGAGUGGAACUGGGCAAAACACCGGUGGCCGAGUUGGUGUGAUCGGAUUCUCUUCCUCGAUGCUCCCAUCUGGCUCUGCAGCACAGUACCCACGGAUGUAAUAGUUCACAAAUACAGCGUUCUUCCGUUACUUCCAACAUCCGAUCACCGACCUGUAACAUUAGAAGUUACUGUGCCCUUCUGCGAGAUACCCGCACCUGGGGAAGAUGAAGAUGCAGAUGAUCCGAGAAUACAUCCUCCUUUUGAGAUCGAUAUCGAUUGGAAGAGCAAGAGGGAGAGAGCUAGGAAGCUGGAAUUGAUUGCUGGGUUCGCGAUGUAUUUUACGACUACGCUGGAGGGUGGAGGCGUUAUGUUAGCGAUGGCUGUGGGUGCUAUAGGAGCAUACUUCGCUUUUAGAGCUAUGCUGGAAAUGUGAGCUACGGAAGGUUACGAGAGACGAAUUAUGAGUUUGAAGCGUGGAGUUGCGGAGCUAUGGGCCGACCUGAGAAUGUAUGAUGCUACACGAAAUUAGAUCCCUGGAUUGUCCGCCCUGAGGACUAGAGUU